CAUUUUCGGCAUCGGUUGGCGGCUUUGUUUUUAUUGUUGCUUUCAAGCAAUAUUUUCGAACAUGUCUAAGCGUAAUAGUGUAGGAAAUACUUUGUUUAAUUAUUUUACUAGAACACCUCCUAGCACCAAGAAGUUGAAACCAAAUAAUGAAUCCAAUACCGAUUCUUCCAUUACAAACUUAGACAGUCCAAAAUCGUCAAAAGUUGAAAGUAAUAAACGUGAAAGACAACCGACACCUUCCCCUGAUGUUAACAACACUUUGGACGACAGCGACGAAGACAUUCCAGUUUCCUCUAAAAAAAGAAAAAGGAUACGCCUCAAUCCGGUCGAUUCAGAUGAUUCUGAUGCAGAGAACAAAGAGGUUAAAACACCAUCUAAAUCAAAAGAUACAUUGCAUAAAAGACUGCAAGACAGUUUUAAAUAUGAUCCAAAUGAAUCACCCAAAAGUAGCAAAGAUAAAAAGGCUUCUGUUAAUGGCAAAUCAAAGAUUCAAGCAAAACCAAUUGAACAGGAAACACCAGCAGCAACAGAAGAUGGGGACUGGGUUCACUGUAAGAUAGAUUGGCUCAAACCUGAGAAGAUUAGAGACGCUAAUAAGAGGAGACCAGAUCAUCCAGAUUAUGAUCCCACAACAUUAUAUGUGCCGCCUGAUUUUUAUAAUACUCAAACUCCAGGCCAUAAACAAUGGUGGGACAUGAAGUCGGCUCACUAUGACUGUGUGUUAUUCUUCAAAGUGGGCAAAUUCUAUGAACUUUAUCAUAUGGAUGCAGCAGUUGGGGUCAAUGAACUUGGCUUCUCAUACAUGAAGGGUCAAUUUGCUCAUUCUGGUUUCCCUGAAAGUGCGUAUGGUCGUAUGGCAUCUACAUUAGUAUCGAAAGGAUACAAAGUGGCGAGAGUCGAGCAAACAGAGACACCAGAGAUGAUGCAAGAGAGGUGCAAAAAGCUUGGUCAAACGAGUAAAAACGAUAAGGUUGUUAGGCGUGAGAUCUGCCAGGUGUCUGUGCGAGGCGCUCAGGUGUGCGGCUUGCAGGACCCCGGCCCUGCAGACGCCACCGCCGUCUACCUGCUGGCUAUCGCUGAAGAGGAGUGCAACAGUUGCAGUACAUACGGCGUGUGUUUCGUGGAUACGUCAAUAGGGCAAUUCCACCUCGGCCAGUUUCAGGAUGAUAAGCACAGCUCCAGACUUCUCACCACACUCGCUCACUUUCCACCGGCACUGUUAGUAUACGACCGGAAACACACGUCAGGUCGUACUGUCAAGUUACUAACAACACAUUGUCAUAGUGCACGUCGCGAGCCAUUGACCAUGUGGUCACCUGACAAAACUCUCAAAACUCUCUCGGAGAAGUACUACAGAACUAAUGCAGAUGGAACCUGGCCAGAUGGACUGAAAAGAUUCUUACAUGAAGGUGAUGCAUUAGGUCUAACUCCAGCUACCGAAUGUUAUUUAGCCAUAAAAGCUCUAGGCGGUUGUGUUUCAUAUCUAAGUCAAUGCUUACUCGACAUACAAAUACUAGACAUGGGUCAGUUCACUGAAUACUGCCCACCGGAUGUUGUAAAUAUGACCUUAACACCUGAGGAUAAGGCUCAAAAUCAAUGGCGCGGUGGUAAUACUAUGGUAUUAGACGCUAUAACAUUAAGGAAUCUAAGAAUUGUUAAUGAUGAAGGAUGUUUGUAUGAUAAAUUGAAUUUCUGCUCCACUGCUAUGGGUAAAAGAUUGCUAUACCAAUGGGUGUGCUCGCCCAGCUGUAGUCUGGAGGUGAUCAAACAACGACAACAAGCUGUCAAGACAUUGCUCGACAACCAAGAACUAUGUCAAGAUGCUAAGAAUAUCCUCACCACAUUACCUGAUUUAGAAAGACUUCUGGCAAAAGUACAUGCCUUAGGCAACUUAAAACGGUCACAAAAUCAUCCAGAUGCUCGUGCUAUCUUCUACGAGGAGAGAACUUACUCGAAGCGUAAAGUUCUAGAUUUUAUUUCAGUAUUACAAGGAUUUACUGCCGGUUUAAAACUGAACGAAUUAUUUUCCGACACUGAAUCGGAGCUAUUGAAGAAAUUAACACAAUUCGCACCAAACGGAAAGUUCCCUGACUAUAGAGAUACGUUGAAAUUUUUCAAGGAAGCAUUUAACCAACAAGAAGCGGAGAAGGAAGGACGUAUUUUACCAGGUCGCGGUGUCGAUCAGGAAUACGACGCCGCACUGGCUGAGAUACAGCAAAUACAAGAUCAACUUAAACAAUAUCUUGUUGAACAAGAGAAGUACUUUAAGUGUCGAUUGAGUUACGUGGGCACGGACAAGAAACGUUACCAGUUGGAAGUGCCACAGAACAGCGCGGCCAAGGCAGGCUCUGAAUAUCAUCUAGAGGGUGCUAGAAAAGGAUUCAAGAGGUUUUCCACAGCUGAGACCAAGAACUUCCUCGCCCGUAUGAUAGCUGCUGAGGAUCAUAAGUCGAGUAUACUCCGGGACUUAAGCCGGAGGAUAUUGGAGAAGUUCUCAUCUCACUACACGCAGUGGGAGGCUGCUGUCAACUGCCUUGCGACCCUCGACGUACUAAUGUCACUCGCUGAGUUUGCACGACAGCAGACGGGCAAUAUAUGCCUUCCUGAUGUCACAUACGACAGUAAUACUACGCCAUACAUAAAGAUAGUGGAAGGUCGUCAUCCAUGCAUACCUAUAGUGAAUGAGUUCAUCCCUAACGACACAUCGCUAGGGGAUGGGGGUAGCCUGUUGUUACUGACGGGGCCCAACAUGGGCGGCAAGUCCACACUCAUGCGACAAGUUGGAUUGUUGACUGUGCUGGCACAUCUCGGUAGCUAUGUACUAGCUGAGGAGUGCAGCCUCAGUAUAGUGGACCGGAUCUUCACACGACUGGGUGCUGCAGAUGACAUUCUGUCCGGACAGUCCACCUUCCUGCUGGAGAUGAACGAGACAGCGGCUAUUGUGAAACAUGCUACUCAUCACUCGCUAGUAUUGCUCGAUGAGUUGGGUCGUGGUACAUCAACGUAUGACGGUACAGCUAUAGCGUGUGCUGUGUGCGCUGCGUUAGCGGAGCGCGGCUGUCGCUGCGUUUUUAGUACGCAUUAUCACGCCCUCGUGCGUUAUGUCGCCGCACUGCCCGGACUUACACUAGGACAUAUGGCCUGUAUGGUAGAGACAGAAGAAACAGACACAGAUGAUAUACCAGAAGAAACUAUAACAUUCCUGUACAAGUUGACUCCGGGCUCUUGUCCCAAGUCCUACGGUUUCAAUGCAGCCAGACUAGCCGGGAUACCUAAAGACAUCACUCAGAGAGCUCAGCGUAUAUCCAGGAACUUGGAGAAGGAGGCGACAUGUGCAAGAGCAUUUAGAGAUAUAUUUAAGAAUACAGAUGCUAGCAGUUUGAGAGAACUGUUAUCCUCUUUGACUAUAUAA